CCCUACUGCAUGUCAGAUUCUAACAUAACCUACUUCACCAACCCUUCCACCUUCAUCCUGCUGGGCAUUCCUGGCCUGGAGAUGGCCCAUGUCUGGAUCUCAAUCCCCUUCUGCACCACAUAUGUAUUAGCUGUCUUGGGGAACUUCACCAUCCUUUUCAUUGUGAAGAUAGAGCCGAGCCUCCAUGGGCCCAUGUACUAUUUCCUCUGCAUGCUGGCUGUCACUGACCUGAUCCUGUCCACAUCCAUCCUGCCCAAGACACUGAGCAUCUUCUGGUUUAAUUCCAGAGAGAUAGAUUUCAAUGCCUGCCUCACCCAGAUGUACUUUAUUCACUGCUUCUCAUUGAUGGAAUCUGGAAUAUUCGUGGCCAUGGCUUUUGAUCGCUAUGUGGCCAUCUGUGAUCCCUUGAGACAUUCCACCAUCCUGACAAACCCUGUGGUGGCCAAGAUCCUGCUGGUUGUGAUGCUGCGUGGGAGUAUGCUCUCACUGCCCUCUCUCCUUCUGGUGAGGCAGUGGCCAUAUUGCAGAACCAAUAUUAUCCCCCACUCGUACUGUGAGCACAUAGCUCUGGUGAAACUGGCCUGCGCUGACAUCCGCAUCAGCAGUUACUACAGCCUUUCUGUGGCAUUAUUGGUGACUGGUCUGGAUGGUUUUUUUAUGACCGUGUCCUAUAUCCAAAUCCUCAGGGCCAUCUUCAGGCUCCCCACAAGGGACGUCCGGCUUAAGACUUUUGGGACCUGUGUCUCCCAUCUUUGUGCCAUCUUAAUCUUUUACACCCCAAAAUUCUUCUCCUCACUCACACACCGUUUUGGCCACAAUGUGCCUCUGCAUUUCUUCAUUCUCAGUGCCAACGUGUACCUGCUGGUGCCCCCAUUGUUACAUCCCUUCAUCUAUGGGUUGAGGACUCAAGAGAUCCAUGACAGGCUGCUCCAGCUCUUCACUCAUAAAGGGGUGUAA